AUGGUCCGUGCAUCAAGAGUGCCAGAUGGAGACGAAGCUUAUGCUGUGCACACCAGCAUUGGGGGGGAGGAUGACGCAAAAAGACUCCGGGAGCAAGAACGGGAGGAAGAGCACCGUCGUGAAAAGAAGCGAGAAGCACUAAAACAGGCAGAGAAGACAAGCAAGCAGGUGAUUCUUCUGGUUGUGCUAGUCUUGAUUGCUGGAGCCUACCUUGCUGGGGCUUACUUUGGCGCCCCAGGUAUUUCAAACAGAGGUGGCGCUGCUGCUGUGGAUGAGGGAAACAAUCAUAAACCUGCUGAUGAUACAAUGUCCGAUUCUCCUUCGAGUGAUCCAACCAUGGCCGCGACCAACCCUCCGUCGCUUUCUCCGCUUUAUCCAAGAAAUUCACCCGAUGAUUGCGAGAGAAUUACUCGUGGUGUGGAUGUGAGUUUGCAAUCUGAACUCAUUCCCAAGUUUUUUGAUAUUCGAAUGGAUGUCUCGAUGACCCUGCAGCUCGAAGACUUGUCUGAAGUCGUGGAAGAAGUGGAAUCGAGAAUCCAAAGAAUCUUGGGUCCAAGGCUAGCUGACUGUCCGAAUGCUCGACGAUUGCGACAACCAGAUUGGACGCGAAGACUACAAAUUGAAACAAAUGUCAUUGGUAAUGCGAGGUUUAAUGCCGAGUACCAGCCAGAUCAGUCCUGUGAUGCUUCAGCUCCAACUCCUUGUAUUCGGGUUGUAACCAGGUUGAAUCUCUUCUUCAAAGGCGAAGAAGAUACGUUUCCUUUGAUUGAUCGAAUCUUUUUGCUCUUUGGAGAACAAGAGUUGACAGAGACUCUUGGAUUGUCUGCUCCUUUCAACCAGAUCAAAGUUGUGGAUGUCACGACCGCUAGGUCGCCAACCCUAGUACCUACACAGCUGCCAUCUUCUAAUCCGACGGCUUCCCCUCUUUACCCAGCAUCUGAAUCUCCUUCAAGUGAUCCAACCAUGGCCGCAACCAACCCUCCGUCGCUUUCCCCACUUUAUCCAAGAAAUUCACCCGACGACUGCGAGGGAAUUACUCGUGGUGUGGAUGUGAGUUUGCAAUCUGAACUCAUCCCCAAGUUUGUUAUUUUCCGAAUGGAUGUAUCGUUAACCCUGCAGCUAUCGGACUUGUCUGAAGUCGCAGAAGCUAUGAGAUUGAGAAUGCAAGAAAUUUGGGGUCCGAGACUAGCUGACUGUCCUAAUGCUCGACGACUGCGCCAACAAGAUUGGACGAGACGACUACAAAUUGAAGAGAAUCUCAUUGGGAACGCGAGGUUUAAUGCCGAGUACCAGCCAGAUCAGUCAUGUGAUGCUUCAGCUCCAACUCCUUGUAUUCGGGUUGUGACCAGGUUGAAUCUCUUCUUGAAAGGCGAAGAAGCAAUGGUACCUUUGUUGACUCGAAUCUCUUCUCUCAUUGGAGAACAAGAGUUGACAGAGACUCUUGGAUUAUCUGCUCCUUUCAACCAGAUCAAAGUUGUUGAUGUCACGACCGCUAGGCCUACAACCCUAGUACCUACACAACUGCCAUCUGCCAAUCCAUAG